AUGGGCUUGCAAACCGUAUGGACCAUGCAAGAAGCUUCCAGUCUAGCGUUGAAAGCCGAGCUAAUGGAGAAGUCAUCACGAGGGCUCUCAACAUUUAGAAGAAACACGGCUCAGACCAGUUUUGAACCAACAAGUGAGAAAGAAAAGAGUGUAGCCAAUAAAGACUCCAAUCCGGGAAACAAAGAAGCUAGUAGCUCUAAUACUAUACAACAGAACAAAACACCAGCUCAGAGACAGAACAACUCUUAUGCCAAGCCUUCCAUUGACAAGUUCGCUAUAAUAGAAGAAGAAGGUGAAGAGGAUGAAGGGGAUUUCGCUGAGAAUGAAGAAUAUGAGGGAGCUGAAUUAUCUGAAGAAGAAUCUGGAGAGAUGAUAAAUCUUGUGCUGCAACGAUUCUUGUGGUCAUCUAAAGAAGAAGGCCAACGUAAGAAUUUGUUUAGAACACAUUGUUCUAUUCAAAACAAGGUGUGUAAUGUGAUUGUGGAUAAUGGAAGCUCGGAGAAUUUAGUUUCUCAAAAGCUGGUGGAGUAUCUGAAGUUACCCACGACCCGUCAUGAGAAACCGCACGGCCUUGGUUGGGUAAAGCGAGGAUCAAAAGUUCGAGUUAGCAUGACUUGGAAAGUUCUCAUAUCUAUAGGUAAACACUAUAAGGAGGAGAUCACUUGUGACGUUCUUGACAUAGAUGUUUGUCACAUUCUUCUUGGACGACCUUGGCAGUAUGAUAACGAUAUCACAUAUCGAGGUCGAGACAAUGUGAUAAUGUUUACAUGGGGCAAUCAUAAAAUUGCCAUGGCACCUGUUAAGGAUUUUUGUAACAAUGCGAAGGAAAAGAAGUCAAGCUACUUGGUUAUGACACAGGACGACAAAAAGCUUGAUGGGGAUGUUUAA